UUCAAUGGGAGGCGUUCCCUCAGUGCUCGGUGUACAGUUUGUUGUAGUCUUAUAUGACACAAUGGCCGUGUCUUAAAAAUACAGCGAGCUCUUUAGCCUAGACCUAGACAGCAUUUUCUGGCCAUUACAUGCCCUUUCUGAACCAGCCGAGUUUUCUAGGUAGGCAGCUCACUAGGUUUUAAGGCACCGUCAGUGUCUAUGCAGGAACGACAGUCUGGACUAACAGCAACCGAGUGAGAUUAUUUAUCUAUCGCAAACUAGCAGCACUCCAUGGUCCAAAUCCUGGCUUUUGUUGGAAUUGCCAGGCAUGCGGAUCAGGCUGCAGGGCUCUGGCCACGCGGCCCGUCUCCUCUCCGAGCUCAACCGCUGCCGCCUGUCUCGGGUCCUGUGCGACAUCGUCCUCCAGGUAGGAGGCCGUUCCUUCCCGGCUCAUCGCGUGGUGUUGGCGUGCUCUUGCACACACUUUAGCAGCCUCUUCUCCAGAGGUUCCAGCAACCAAGGUGCCGUUUCCACCACCUUCUCUCUGGACUUUGUUUCUGCUGCCAAUUUCGAGAAAGUCUUGACUUUUAUCUACACGGGUGAGAUUUUCACAGACUUGAUUGAUGUGGGUGUGCUGUAUGAGUUGGCGGAAAGGCUUGGCGUGAGGGAGUUGGUGAACGCUUGCCAUGCCACCUUCCCUGACCUGCAGAGCUCCAGCUCUGGAGACCCGGUUGCCGAAGGGGAUUUGCAAAGCGAUAUGGUGUCGGUCAAUCCCGUGGCUGUGUCUGUCUGCUCGUCCUCUGCAGCAUCCUGCUCCUCAUUGUCUUCUUCAGCCGCUCCCACUCCUGUAACUCCAUCUCCGGUUUCUCAAGGCAGGAAUGGCAGGUUGAAUCGCUCCCACUUGGCCACCCAGUCGCCUAAAAACGAAGACUUGCAGAUACAUUUGGGUUACAAUCAACAGGUUACCAACAAGCCGAGUCCUUUGGACAGUAACCGUUCUACAGACGCUCUUCCUGCCUUGACUUUGCAGCUCAAAACUGAGAGGGAGGAUGAAGGAGAGGAUGGAGGAAGUAACUCAGUGGACCGGCUUGUUGUCAAUGGUAGCAAAUCAACAUUUGGGGCUCAGGAGCAAUGUUCUGUCCCUGAUUCUUCAGCUCAGCUUGGCGGUGAAACCUGCGCCCCUUCGUCAUCCUCCAGUGAUCCCUUGGACAGUUUGCAGCUGGGGGCCAUUGCGGGACCAAUCAAAGAUUCAGAUUUUUUUGAGGAAGAUCUUUCUAGGAAGAGGCACCGACUACAGGAAGAGCAGACGGAGGGCGGCGAUCAGUGGCGAGCACUUUCAGAGGACAUCAUUGAGUUGAGCGACGAGGAGGAGCACUUCAUUGUGGAGGAAGAGGACGAAGAGGACUUGAUGUGCAUAGAGAAUGGUGAAAACGGGGCAUCUCUCGGAGAGCUGCCGUCAUCGCAGCCAUGCAAAUCGUGCGGGAUGCUACUUCCGACAGAAAACUCCAUCAUACAAACUCACGCUGAGACGCACCUCUCGGAAACUGGUUCAUGUCAGGUGUGUGGCACCUCCUUCUCGGACCGUGCUGCUGCUGUUGCUCAUGCCCUCACACACGUGGGCAUCUUGCUCUUCUCCUGCGACGUUUGCGAGCAUCAGUUUCAGACUGAAUCUGCACUGAUUCACCACAGGCGUCAGUCAGCUGCCAAGUGCGCCCCACAAAACCCAGACCAGCUGAACGGAGCCUCCCAACUACAGGGAGGGGAACUGCAGUGCACCAUCUGUGCUAAAUCUAUGGUGAAUGAUUUUAAGGCUGUCAGGGACCACGUUCAGAGCCACGCAUGCUUGAGUACAUUACGCUGUGGAGUGUGCCAGCUGUCUCAGCCCUCUCGAUGCGCCCUCCUGUGGCACACACUGACACACCUCUUUCCUAUUUACACUUGUCCACAAUGCGCCAGCCCCUUCCUGGAGAGCACGCUGCUGGAAAGACACCUGUCUCUACACACAGAGGAAGGAGCAUCGGGGAAAGGGGCCGACGGCAGCCCAGAGACCAGUGGAGAAGGCCAGGCCGAGCUGCGCUGCUUCCUGUGUCCGCAGACCUUCCGCUCGGAAACCGCGUUUCAUUACCAUCUCAGCGUGCAUUCGAACGAGCUCCAGGGCAGCCAGGUAUGGCCGGCCAAACGCAAGGCGGACCAGAUCCUCGAAUACUCCUCAUCCUCCUCCUCGCCUAUGGAGGCGAGUGGCCCAGGUAAAGCAGGUUACAACUUAAGCCUAGGCUUCAAUCUGCAGGACAAAAUAGCUCACGGUGGGGUCCUGUUUCCUGCCGGACUCGUACUGAACGGCAACUCUGGUGGCGGAACAGGGCUUAGGGAAAAAUUGUAUCGCUGCCGGUACUGUGGUAAGCAUUUCGCACACUCGGGCGAGUUUACAUACCACCUUCGUAUCCACACGGGCGAGAAGCCCUACCAGUGCAAAGUAUGCCUGCGCUUCUUCCGUGGCCGUUCCACCAUGAUCUGCCACCUAAAGACGCACUCGGGUGCCCUCAUGUACCGCUGCACCGUCUGUGGCCUGUUUUUCUCCACGCUUAAGAUGGUUUCCUCACACAUGGAGCUGCACAAAGACCAGCUGCCACCCGAUUUCAACAUCGAGGAGACCUUUAUGUAUAAUGACCACUCUAAAGAGCCCGUCCCUAACAUGGACACCUGAAACCCGCCGUCUCUGAACGCUCCGUCACACUGUGUGCCCACGUUUACUUAGUCAGUAUGUUGAGGACAAAUGACAGUAGACUUAGAAUUUAAAGUGCCCCUAUUACGGAUUUUUGAAAAUUACCUUUCAUGCAGUGAAUGAAAACAUCCUGCAAAGUUUUACAUUUGAAAGUGCACCGUGUAUAAAUUUAUUAUCUUUCAAAUGAAAGAGUCGAUUCUGAUUGAAUUGUUUGGGAGGGGUUUGGACAAAUGAAUCGUUGAUUGAAUUGUUUGGGAGUCGUAGAGCAAGUAAGGUAAAAAUAAAUGCAUAUUAUAAGACAAUGAAAGUGUUUUUUGACCUUGCAUGCAUGUCAACCUUUUGUUGGGGACUCCCAAAACCAAAAUAUGAACCUUUCAUUACCCAUAAUAGGGGCACUUUGAAGUGAAGUGUUUAAUGUGAUCGUCUUUGUGUCGUUUGUAUACAGAAUGAGAACGAUUCUUGUUUUUUGAAGACUAAAUUAAAGGUAAACUUUAUUUUAAAAUGUAGUGCUGAUACUUGACCACUUGAUGGCAAGAGAGACUGAGCAAGGCUGCAUUGCCAAUCAAAUGUUUGGACACGCCUACUUAUUUCCAUUUCUUUUUUAGAUUUUAGAAUAAUAAUAAUGUAAUCAAAGCUAUGAAGUAACAAAAAAUAAAGAUCUCAUGCUGUAGCUUCUUCAAACCGUUGCCAAGAACAUUAUGAGAUACAGUGUUUGAACACUUGAAGAAGUUCACGUGUGUGCUAAGCACUUUUAGGCUGCUUUUCAGUCACUAUUUGGACAAGCUCGUUUAUUUAAAACAAAAAUGUAGUUUUGUAAAGAAAUUCUUGCACAGACACAACAAGUUAUAUUUAUCUUCAAAGUAAGUAUAAGCAGUUAGAUCAGAGGAUUUUUAAAGAUCACGUCAAAGAAAUUCAGUCAAGUGUGUCCAAACUUUUGAUUUGUAGUGUUUUAAGUAAGUCAUUUUUAACAGGAUGCUUUUCCAAGUGCCGAUCUGCGAUUACCUCUGUAUACUCUUCCGGCAACUCUUAUCACAAUAAGCUAAAGGUCUCUGGAUAUUCCAAUGCAAAUGCACGCUGAGAAGACUUUUUUCUAUGUUUUCUGAUAAAUAAAGCAGUGCUCUAGUCUAGGUCAAGGAUAUAAAAUAAAAUUGGUCCUUUUUUAAAAAAUAAUAAUAAAUAUAUAUACUUUUCUUUUACAGAAUAGCUGUUAUUUUUAUAGUAGUGUUGUAUAUCAUUGACAGACUAAAUUAGAAAUAGUUACUGGUUUAUGAGAUGUAGUUUGGAUGUUAUACAUGAAGCAAAACUCUUCUUACAUAAUUCAUUUCAUUUGGAAAAGAGAAGCGAUUCAGACUGAGGUGCUAAUACAUCAGUCAGUUCAUAUUGCAGUGUUCACUUUCUUCACUUGGGACAUAUCAGAGUGUUUUGUGCAAAUGGUAUUGUCACGAAUAAAUAAUAAUUCUCUUUAGAAAGCUGUGAUGUUCUUCUGUACAAUUUUCCCAGCAGUUAUAUGCUUUAUCUUUCUUAUAUGGGACAAUUUUACAUUGUACAUUUAAAUAAUUUCUUGUUCAAUUCAAAAACCGUUUUAGCACACCGGUCCAUUCAUAAUUGAAGUCAUUGGUCAAACCACAAAGUAUUUAUUCAAAACUGCUGGGACAUUGUGGUUGGUAUAGCUUUAUUUGUAAUGUAGCACAGAAAAAUACAGACUGAACCUUAUAAAAUGCCUGGUUUCAACACCUUUAUCAGUCAAUCAGUUUUAUUUUUAGGAAAGAAUGCACAUUACCAGUGCUUUGCCACGGUUUGAAGCUGAUGUUGUGAUCAUAAACUGUAAAUAUCUUGAUACUACAUUUUAUUUUCAACAUGAAACAACUGCCUUAUAUUACUUAAGUGUUAUUUAUAUGAUUUAUUCAUGUUCAGUGUCACUAUUAGAAAUUUAUUCUCUUUUACUACAGCUGUACUUGUGUUCUGAAUAAAAUCAGUAUUUACGAAACUUGCUAGAGUCUUGUCUUUUUAACAGUUAAAUUUUGGCCAUAUUCACAUCAUUUUAACACAACACCACUACUUAUCAAUGGUAAAUACAGCGUAUUUAUAUUCAACAUACAUUUCUAUAGUGAAAAAUAAUUUUUUAGACAUUGGAGCAGCACAUGCCAACAAGAAAUGGCAUUAGCCUACAAGGUUUGCCAUUUUUACUCAAACAUGUUUAAAAAACUUUUUUAAAACAAAUUUUAUUAGAUUUUUUUUUCCAUUACAUCACAUUCAUAAUAUGUACAAGUUGCUGAGCUCAAAGGCCAUUAAAACAGCUCUAGGUGUUGUGAUUGCGCAUAUGGACAGCUAAGUGAAAGUUUUGUAUUUUUGAGCAGAACAAUCGAAACAGUCUUUGUACAAAUACUGGUGUGUGGACAGAGCUGUUAUUACUUGUCAAGGAGUUCCUAGAUAUAACAAUAGGAACCGGUGGAAAUAAAGGUUACGAAAGGUUGACAAUAUUUCCUUCCUUGCACUGUUA